GGCUAUGUUGAGCGCACCUUACAAUUCCGAACCGUACGCUGCCAUUUAUUCCAUGCCCAUCAAGCGAGUGAGACCGUCGGACUCUGCCUCUCCCGGUUGCAGUAUUUACUUGACUUUUUCCUACCGACCAAUACGGGAAGCUAACGCUCUGUCAAGUUCGGGUUUAUCGAGCGAAAAUGCGAUCAUCGUCGUGAAAAUAGGAAAACUGGUUGACAGAAUAUCGUGAAAAUAGAGUGCGUUUGUGUGGCUGUGAGAAUGUGGGUAUGUAGCAAAUAGUGUACAGUGCGCAAUCAGUUUCAAUUACUUCUGUAGGUGCAACUUUUUUUAUGUUCUCGAUCGAUUAACUGUGUCCUGCAACAUUGAAAAGCAAUCACAAGCAGAAAAAACUGAAGUUCUUAAUUAAAAGAUCAAUAGGAUGUCACAGAAGAGCAUAUUUGCUUAUCGUGAAUUGAAGUGAAUCAAACAAAGUGAAUAACAGGUGAUGUGUUUUAAACGGGAGCACUUUUCGCCAGCGAUUUGGAAUGGAAUCAGUGACACAGCUCCGAGGAAACGUGUAAUGGAAAGUGAUUGAAUGGAAACGGUGCAGUUUUAGUGCAAGAAAGAAAAGCAGUGGGAAGCGAUGAAAUCAUUUCGUUCGAUCAAACGGUCUUAUGAAGAAAAGUAUCGCAUCUUUUGUCCUGUCUGGUAGAUGAGCAUGUGUCAAGUCGAACAGCCUUGACGGGAACAACGUGAACCAUAAAAGAUUGGAAAUGUUGUGUGCAAUAAGGAAGUGUUUCUGUACAUCGUUUGUAUGAUACUGCACAUGACAGUGCAAGUAGUGCACAAUUGUUCUUCACGUGGAACCAACCAGAACAAAACACCUUCAGAACACACUCCCAGCUUCGUAAACUAGUGUAUCAUGGCUAUCAGCAAUAGUGUGUCCUAAAAACGAAGUGAGAGAUAAAGAGAGAAGAGAGAGAGAGAGAGAGAGAGUAUAAGGAAAUUUCGAAUACUGAUGGAUUCCUUAUUCCACUGAGGUCAAUAAAACUCCAACAAACAGCUAAGGCAGACACAUUUUCUCCACAAAAUGAAACGAUACCAUCGAACGUUACAAUACAUCUAGCAAGUAAGCGUCGUGCAGUAGCGUGUAAUUCCGAAGAAUUUUGCUAACAAGCGCAAAAAGGGAGUAAGAUCUGUAAGCGCACGCACACGACAAAAAGCGGGCUCCGAACCAACCAACCUCACAGUAAGCUUCCCAAAUGGUUAUGUCGCCCAGCAGACGACUGUCGACGCCAGGUAUUGCUGCACAUCCGAUGAAUAUGCAUUUGAGCUCCCUGCAACUGAACUCCCAGCUGCAACUGAAUGCUCAAAUGCACCAGAAGCUUACGGCCGGACUAACACCAAAUCACAUGAGUGGAUUUUUCAAAAGCCCAUCCACUUCGCCCAGCAGUAUUAAUGCGAAUAUGAGCAACAGUGGCGCCAGCGCCUUGACCAACUCCAGUCACUUGUCAACUAACUCCACAUCCAACGGUAACGUCGAUCGUAGCGCACGUGACAACACCACUCCCGCAGGUAGCAGUAGCAACAAUAACAACAGUAGCAGCAGUAUGCCUUCCAUCACGGAACUGUCCACACACCCGCUCAAUCGGCUGCAAUCGAUGCAACCGUUCGAUUUCCGCAAACUGUCUGCAGCCGCUGCCAGCCUCAGUGGGUUCACAUCGGCCGGUUUACCGCCGCCGAGACUGAGUCCAGAAGCUGCCGUUGCUCAGCAUCACUUCAACCAGCAGCAAGCAGCCGCCGCAGCUGCCUAUGCUGUCAACACGGCCAAACGACGCAACUCACAGACUUCCCUGGACGCACAAACCGUAGUGUCCCGCGAACACGCUGCAGCCGCGGCGAACUUCAUGAGCUUGUCCAUGAGUGGUCAUGGACUGCCAUUUCCCCUUCCACCACCACCUCCGUCGUCUUCGGUGGCCAUGUCACUGGCAAACUCACUGAACCACUCAGCCGCCGCAAUGGCUGCUGCAGUUUCUGGUAACCCACUGGCGGCAAGUUUUGUCGCCCAGUCGUUUCCAAACCUGUUGGCAGCAUCUGCAGCUCGGGAACCGAAUCGCAGCAAGUCGCCUCACUCGCAUCACAAGCUGUCCCACAAAGGAGGAUCGCAGGACGAACACAAAAGUUCGAUGGAGAAAGGUACUCCGAACGAUACAUCGGACGGACGAGACCAACGAGAUCAAGACGACGAACGCAAAUCGGCAGGAGCUCAUCCAGAGCAUCGGGAUCGUGACCGCGAGAACGUACUGAACUUGAGCCGUGAUCUGGCUGCAGCAGCUGCAGCUGCCAAUCGCCGACUCCAACAGCCACCGAUGCAACCGGGAGCUGCUAUGUCCCGUAUGCAGCAUCUACCACCAUCCUCCGGAGGUCACCUUAAGAAGCCACCUUCGUCACCGAGCAACAAGCGGCAAUGGGGUGCAAUCCCACCUAAUCUUGGCACGCAGUACGUUAACCCAGCCACGGGCAAGAAGCGCGUUCAGUGCAACGUGUGUUUCAAGACCUUCUGUGAUAAAGGUGCGCUUAAGAUUCAUUUCUCGGCCGUACAUCUUCGUGAGAUGCACAAAUGCACCGUCGAGGGAUGCAGCAUGAUGUUCAGCUCUCGCCGGUCCCGAAACCGGCAUAGUGCGAAUCCCAACCCGAAGUUGCACUCUCCGCAUCUAAGGCGCAAAAUAUCACCUCACGAUGGUCGCAGUGCGCAACCGCAUCCAAUUCUUCUGUCAACGGCUGGCAUGCCACUGCCGAACGGGCUGAGCUCAUUGCAUCCGUUCGGGCCAGCGUUCCCGCUUAUUCCUCCCGGUGAUCACUUGCGAGGACAUCCCUCGCUAUCGGCUCUGGAGUUUAAGGCAAACAUGGAGGCCAGCAUGCACCGACGACUGGCAGCGGAACAUCAUCAUGCGCAAGCCGUGGCCGAAAAACAUCAUCGUGAAAGUGCACGUGUUUCGCUGAGUCCGGAGAACUAUCGCUAUCGUAGCAGCCCUCACAGUGAUACACCGGACAGGUAUAUGGGGUCUUCGUCGGGUGCAUCUUCCGGGGUGCCACAUCUGAAUAGCUCAGGCAGUCGGUUAGAUGAUGAAGAUGGCGAUGAAGACGACGAUGACGAUGACGACCGUAAUGGAAUCGUGAUCGAUGGUAACGACGUGGAUGAAGAUGUGGAAGGUCAUCAGUUCGACAUGUCGCUCAGCUCGGAAUCGGAAGAUGUGAAAUCGUUCGGCAGACACGAAGAUGAUGAAGACGGGUUCUCCGAACGGGGUGAAGAGGAACCGCAAGACUUUAGCCUGUCCAAGCGCCACAAUCGCCCGUCGACGGAUGGAGACGAGAUAGCAAGCAAUAAUGGCGAUAGCAAUGGGGAAGUUACACGCGACGAUGUCAAUGCAUUUCUUUCCAGCAACAAACGAAAGCGCAAGAGUCUCAAUCCCACCAAAUGUGCCGUGGUCCCACUGUCUCGGUUGUCCAACAACGAAGAUGCGGAUGAGAAGGAUCCGACACGCGCCGACGAAGAAACCCGUGAAACAUCAAUUCCAAUGGUGAAGAAAAUCAAGAUGGAAUCGGUAGAAGAUUCGCAACCGCAGAUUUCUGAUGCAAAAGUAUCUCCACGAUCAGAGUCCCCGUUCAAGGCAGCAGCUCCGGUAGGUUCUCCAUCGCUAGAGAACGGAAAUUGCGAAAAACAAAGGGACAACGGUUCGGAGACAGAAAAAUCAGAAAAUCGCAAAAGUGUCGAUUCUAAAGAUUCAGUGGUUCGCGUUAAAAUGGAACCCCUGGACGAAGCGCUCCACGAUCAAACGGCAACCGAAGCGACUGACCUGUCACUAGAUCUUACCAAAAAACCGUCAUCACGCUCCAGUCCGGAUGUUAACGCGAACGAAAAAUUCCAAAGCAAGUACUCGAUCGACGUUCGUCCUUCGUCCGAACUGCUUGAAAACCCUCUGGCACUCAUACGUCCCAAGCAGGAGACUUCUGAGUCGGACCGGAAUCGCCCAGGCUCGGCCGAUAGUAAAAAAAGCUCGUGUGACAACUUCGACUCAGCAAACACGCUUCGGCGGCUUGAGAACCUUUCGCACGGACCACUGAACGAAAUGAUGAUGCAGCGUGCUGCAGGAUUUCUCGGUGGUCCUCAAUUUCCUCCACUGAGCUACCUGAUGAACGCAGCUCCACCAAGUCCGGCCAGAUCGCGGUCUCCUUCGCCCACAAGUGUUCAGGACCAGGAUCCGGAAGAGUCGGAUGACAAUGUUGACUACUGUGAGGAAGGUAACUGCUUCAGCGAUCCGGACGUUCCACUCGACAAGGAUAAUCCGAAAAAAUGUUCGGCCUGCGGGAAGUUGUUUCAGAACCAUUUCGCCGUCAAGACGCACUAUCAAAAUGUGCAUCUGAAGCUGCUGCACAAGUGCAACAUCGACGGAUGCAAUGCGGCGUUCCCCUCGAAGCGUAGCCGCGAUCGUCACGCUUCGAACUUAAACCUCCACCGUAAGCUUCUUUCAACUACGGCCGACAGCAACGACACCGUACUGCCGAUGGAGAAGCACCAACAGCAUCAACAACAAUUCUCCGCCGGUGGUGGUGCUGGCGCAUUUCCAGGGUCUGCCCUUCCCGCCGAAUUCUUGGCCCGUCUGUACGCCGAUUCGCAAAAGUUCCCAAUGAACUUAGAGGCCGCAUUCAAGAGCCAUGCGCUUGCCCCAGGCAGUUCCGCCUACUCGGAUCACUUCAUGAACGGAGCAGCAUCGCAGCGUGGUUUCUCGUCCACGGCAGGUAAUCCGUUCCUGUUCCCGCCACUUGGCGGAUUGGCAGGAUUUCCCGGCCUGUCCCAGUUCUCGCAUCUUCUUCCGCAUCCGCUAAAUGGUAUCGCGUCGCAGCUGUCCGGCAGUGGAGCAGCUGUAGCUGCGGGCAGUGUUGGUAGCGGUGGUGGGGGCCGCAUGUCAGCUUCCCGAUCCGAUUCACCAAUAUCUGCAUGUUCGCCGCCAGCAUCCACCAACAUUCCUUCACCACUGUCGCAGCACGAGAGGACAACGCCGACUUCCGGCAAUGGAGGAUCGUUUCUCAAUGCUGCUGCUGCAGCGGAACAACGAUCAUCUGCUGGAACCGUCGACGGUCGACGCACACCGGACUCGCUAUCGUGAUCUAUGAGCCGAGACAAACACUGUUGCCUUCUCUAAACCCGAACUUAGGUCUGUUAUUGUCACGUCGUUCACAAUGAUCUCGUUUUUUAUUUUAUUUUUUUGCUAACAAAAAAAAUGUAUUGCUAUCAAACUCUAGUGACGCUGACAUGCGUUAUAUACAUGUGAGCGUUAAGUGCGUUACAAAACACCCUCUUAGCUGGAGAAGAAAUAAAGUACGUUGCUUUAUUUCCGAAGAGCUCAAAGAGUUGAUCUAUAAUUAUCUUCAGUUCCCUUCCGCCAAACCAACCCCCAACCACCCCCACAACCCUCCCCCCAACCCACCCCCCUGAAUCUCGUCCUCCCUCUAAUAUGCGGAAAGAAAUUGAACCAGACUCACUAAAUGUAUAGUAAUAAUAAUUAAGCGCCUGUUAAUUUAAACGACUGGAGUAAUCUUAGUAUGUCAAUGGAAAUGAAUUUAUCAAACGGUUUAUCUCAAAUAUUUCCAUUAAUUAAAGGGUCGUAUCCAAACGGGCGCGAGAAUUUGUACCAAAAUAUCUCGUAAAAGUACUUCUUGUCGUAAUUUAUUGCUAAAUAAAAAAGAAGCGUAUCAUUUGAUAAUCCCAUUAGGAUGGAUACAGCAGAAGGGAAUUUAAUCCAAUUAAGGUUGCGUACGAUAAAGCAAUCUUAAAACUAUAUUGGUCGAUCGCUGCAAAAUGAUGCGCGUUGGGAGAAAGGGAGGGAGUGCUUCGCCUUGACAGGAAUUGGGCAUGAUGGCCACCUUACAUAAGAACCCAGUGAUACAAAAGCAAAUACAUUGAUACACGUAAAUGCUACAAAUUUGCGAAUGGAUUGAACCUAUUGCGAAUCGAUGCUGGUAAACCAAUGAUCGAAUGGUAGAAUGGGAGUAAUAAUGAUGAUAUGAACAUUCGAUUUCGAAUUUUAGUUAAUGCUUCGAAAAAGCUCAUAUUGAUCUACAAUGUACAUGGAAUCGAAUGAUAGAUUAAAAUGGAUCAGGUAAAACUUAAACUUUUAAUUAAUUAAUGUACCUUUACAUGUUCGUUAGGUUAUUUUGCCAAAAGUUAUGGUUCAUUAUUACAGCUGAAUUGAUGCCGUUCCUACUGUUAGCUGAAAACUGUAGCGUUAAAAGAAUCUUAAAACAAAGCAAGUGUAAAUUUUAUUCAAACUGAAAGAGUCUCAUUACAACGAGAUAGCAAUAUAAGCAUAAAAAUGGAUAGGAAUGCUUAAAAAAUGCAAAAUGUACCUCUGACGUGAAUGAAGUUUUUUAAGGUAUCACAGUGGAAAUGCAAUAUGACCGGACGGCGAGUCGUGGUCGGAGCAAACAGCAGCAUUGCUAUCAGCAACACCAAAAUCUUCCAUGAAUUAAGUUUAAUACUUUAAGCAGAACAUUAAUCAUAGCGUUCGAAUAGAAGCAAAAUGCACAAAUAUUAAAAAAAAAAACCAAUCUGAAGAGCUUUUUACUUUUACAUAGGGAGUUAUGCGUCCCACUUCUUCUCGUACUCCAAUAACAACUGCUGCUAAACUACUCUUUCUUUUAAACACUUGGAGUCAAUGCAGUUGGAUCGAAUAAGUGAGCUCUGCAGAAUAUAGCAAUUGCAAUCACUGGUGUAACAGAUAAACAAAAUGUUGUAUAUGCAGCAAAACAAGCAAAAAAAGAAGUCCUAUUCAUAAAUGUGCAAUAUUUUUCGUCUCUAUCUAAGACUGCGCUUACAUUUAGUCGAUGAGAAAAGAAAAACAAACGAGCGAUAGUGAAUAUGAAGAUAAACCUUGGAUUAAAUUGUUUUAAAAUUAAGUUACACAUUGAUUUAGCAACUGCGGUGCAUGAUAUUCAUUGUCAGAUACACCAAACGGACGUAGCAUCAACCUUUAACAUUGAAACAAAUGAAUACAUAUUGGAAUAUUCCUAAAUUAUACUGAAAGCAUUUCGGAGAAGGAAUCUGAAGAAAAACAUACAGCGAGAAAGAUAUGCGUAAGAAAUUGUUUUUGGUAGAUAAAAUCAAAACAAAAUGAAGAAAUCUAUUGGAACUGAAAAUAUUGUUCUGUACAUAAGUUAAAAGGGGAAGGAAGACAUCUGACGUAUCAUAGAUAAUUCUUAUUUUCUUCGAAAGAGGAAAGAAAAUCAGUUCAUUGUAUUGUCAACAAAUAGCAAAAGUAAAACACAAACUCAUGCAUUACAAAAAUCAAUCUUCCCAUCUUUCCGACUGAGGGAGGUGUGUAAACAAAAAUUAAGCAAAAAAAUAAAGUACACUAUAUAAAUCUUAAAAUAA